AGUGCCUGCUGAUAAUCUCGUCCUCUACUACUGCCUUCGUCCCCGACACAGGAUACCGCGAAGAUGAAACAAGCCGGCGAAGAGGAAGAACGCACUUCUGGCUCCGAGCAGGAACGUCACGAUCCCGGGGAUGAGGGUGGGGUUCUCGAGGAAUCGCAACCCUCGUCCUCGAAACGUCAGCACAAGAAACGAUCUAAAGUAUCUAAAGUUUUGAACACACUACGUGGAAACGAGAUACCACAAUCAAUUGUCAACCAUGUUGUAGAGCAAGUUAAGGUAGACCAGGGCAGCGCUUCCCCCGCUGCGGAUCCAGACGCCGUCAGGGCGGCGUUGGAACAGCUGAAAAUCAUGGAUGUACUCAAGGGAAAGGCAGGUGUGGCCGGCCGGGGGAAAAAGGCCAUGGGUGAGCAUAAGUUCUGGGCAACACAACCGGUCCCCCAGAUAGGUGAAGAACCCCCGUCAGAGGAUGGGUACAUUGAGCCUACAAAGGCAAUCGAAGACGUCCGUCGCGAGCCAUAUCCCUUGCCCAAAGAUUUCGAAUGGUCGACUCUUGACAUCAACGAUGGAAAACAGAUCAAGGAGGUUUAUGAUUUACUAUCACUCAAUUACGUCGAGGACGACGACGCUGCUUUCCGUUUCCAAUAUAGUGCUGAAUUCUUGGAAUGGGCACUCAAGCCUCCUGGUUAUUUCAAAGAGUGGCACCUGGGUGUGCGAGUGUCGUCGAACAAGAAACUUGUCGCUUUCAUAUCAGGUGUCCCAACAACUCUCCGUGUCCGUGGAAACGUAUUCCGCGCGAGCGAAAUCAAUUUCUUGUGUGUCCACAAAAAAUUACGUUCCAAACGGUUGGCGCCGGUGCUUAUAAAGGAGGUCACCCGGCAAGUGCAUCUCCAAGGGAUCGCUCAAGCAAUAUAUACAGCAGGGGUCGUGCUCCCAACACCGGUGUCAACAUGCCGAUACUACCAUCGUUCAUUAAAUAUCCCCAAGCUUGUCGACGUCAAAUUUACUUACGUUCCUCGGAACAUGACCCUCGCACGGAUGAUCCGUGUGUACAAGACAGAUUCUGCACCACGUCUACCAGGCCUCCGGGAGAUGGAGGCAAAGGACGUGCCCCAAGUAGCGGACUUGUUCGCGCGGUACAUGCAAAGAUUUAGCAUGGCUCCGAUAAUGACAGUUGACGAAAUUCGCCAUCUAUUCCUCAGCGGAAGGGGGGAUGUCGAACAACCCUGCGAAAAGUACAGGCGGCCGAAGCAAGUGUUAUGGGCAUAUGUAGUGGAGGAUCCCAAAGAGCACCGUAUUACGGACUUCUUCUCGUUCUACUCACUUCCUUCUACAGUUAUCAACCAUCCCAGACACAAUCUUCUGGAGGCUGCCUACCUUUUCUAUUACGCGAGCGACGCCGCGUUUGAAUCCGGGGUAGACGAGUCUAACAAUUUAAAAACACGUCUUGUACAUCUCAUUGGCGAUGCUUUGGUUAUCGCGAAUCAGGCCAAGUUCGACGUUUUCAAUGCUGUCACGUUGAUGGACAACAUGAGUUUCUUGGAUGAUUUGAAGUUCGGGGCAGGAGACGGUCUGCUUAACUUCUAUCUGUAUAACUGGAGGACGGCACCUCUUGCAGGUGUUAACUCUGUAAGCGAUGUCGAAGCUGGGCGGGGUGUGGGGGUAGUUAUGUUGUAAACUGCCCAACCUAUUUCGGAGCAUCACUGGUAGACUAAGGA